UCUAUUUUGGCCAGUGGACCUCACAGCUCUCUCUAUAAUAGUGUUUCGUCAGUUUCUACUUACAUUUGGUGGCUCAAGCUUAUGAAGAGAAAAUGGGUGUAAAAACCCAAAGCUGUGUCCUAUUUUUGUGGAUGUAUACUCUGACCUUUGUGAAAAGUCAAGAAUGUACACUUGAACAGUUUGUAACUGGCCCCAUGUUUGAUUCGAAUUAUGACAUAACCAAUCUGGCGGCCACUUACCCUGCUGGAGAACAAGUGAGAGUGGGAUGCAACGUUGGCUACAGUGGCUUUUUCAAACUCAUGUGUGUCCAAGGAAAUUGGGAGUCAAAAGGCAAAGCAUGUGAACUAAGAUCAUGUGGCCACCCUGGUGAAGCCGACUCAGCAGAUUUUCAUUUGGAAAAGGGAGAGGAUUUUGUCUUUGGGUCACAAGUUGUGUACACCUGCCAGAAAGGUUAUCAAAUGGUCAGUCGCUCAAACAUCCGGCGUUGCUUGGCUGCAGGCUGGGAUGGUGUGGUUCCUGUCUGUGAAGCCCGACAGUGCCCACCGAUCGAUGUGGACGACAAUGUCCAGGUGGUUGGAAACCCGGAAGAAGCAGCCUACGGCAAUGUCCUUCGAUUCAGCUGCAAAUCCAGAGACGAAAUCCUUUCCGGGUCACAAGAACUGUAUUGUGAUGAAAAUGGAAAGUGGAAUGGCAAAGCUCCUAUAUGCGAAGAGAUAACCUGUACAGUACCCAAUAUUCAAAAUGGCUUUGUGAUUGGGAAUGUAGAUCAGUAUGAAGAAAACGAGUAUCUGUCCUUCCGUUGUAAUCCUUCAUACAAAGCUGUUGAUGGAAGACCUUCAAAAUGCCUCAAAAGUGGAAUAAGAGCAAACUGGAGCCCCACACCUUCAUGUAAACCAAUAGUAUGUGAACUGCCACUGGGAUCACAGGAGGGAACACAGUAUGAACCUGUAUCCACCAACGUGUUUUCACCUGGCGAAACAGUGAGAGUCACUUGUGGAAACAAGUACUGGAUUGAUAACCGUCUGAUAAAAUCAGCAGAGAUUACAUGCAAAGAGAAUGGAGAGUGGAACCUCAGACCAGUAUGCCAAGAGGUUACAUGCAGCAAUCAAAAACCGCAACAUGUGGAUUUCUGGGGUGUUCCAUGGCGUGGAAGAAUAACAUUGGAUGAGACUGCAAGAUAUAGCUGUGUGAAGGACUACAAGAAGCCAGUAGGUUUUGACUUGGCUACAUGCACCAGAGAGGGAUGGACACCAAAUCCUCUUUGUCAAGUGAAAGGCCGAUGUUCAGGAUCGGAUGUACUAAAUGGAAUUGUAGCUGGUCCAUACAAUGAUGUGUACUACACAGCUUGUAGAGAAGGUUAUAAACGUUUUACCAAAGGCUGGUGGGCAACAGCUGAAUGUAAAAACGGCAAGUGGUCUGGAUUGGAAGAUUGCAUUGCGAAUACAACGUGUGGAAAGUUGCCUGAGAUUUUAAAUGGAAGAGUCACCCAACGUCCUCGCCAUAACAAGAAGUUCCAGAUUACUUGUAACACAGGAGACGGCGUACUAGUUAAAGACCUGACUUGUAGCGAGGGAGAAUGGCUUUCAAAUGGAUUACCCCCCCAAACAAUCUGUGCAUCAACUGCUAAAUCCUGCAACCCACCACCUAAAGUUGAGAACAGUAUUAUUAAGGCUUCCUAUCAGAGGGAAUACUUCUCUGAUUCAGAAGUAACAUAUCAGUGCCGUGACAAUUAUAUGAUGGAGGGUCAAGGUAAAAUGAUAUGCAAAGAUGGCCAAUGGAUGGAGAACAUCAUUACUUGCACACCAUACUGUGACAAGAAUAAAACAAGAGAGUGUGAAGCUUUAGAUUCUCUGGAUUGUGGCAGCCCACCUUUUCUCACCAAUGGAGACACUACAGAAACUUCUCGGAGUGACUACAAACAUGAUGAAAAGGUUCAUUAUACCUGUAAAGCUUAUCAUACCUUGGAGGGUGGGCCCUACAGAACCUGCAAGAAUGGAAAAUGGAUUGGAGAGAUGAAGUGUCUCAAACCCUGCACUGUUGAUGAAGAAGCCAUGCGCUCGCGUAAUAUCAGAUUCCGAUAUACAUCGGAUGAUAAGCUGUAUUUAGUCCAUCUUCAAUGGAUCGAGUUCACCUGUACCGGUGGAACAUCUCAUGUUGGCCCAAUUGAAAUGCGUCAGAUGUGUGUUGAUGGGGUGAUGCUGCUGCCCACUUGCCAGUCGAGCACUGGAAACAAAGACUUUGUCGGGCUGUCAGCCUCCGAUUGUGCCAAAAUGCAUUCGUCUUUCAUCUUUCUGUUACUCCAACUGUGGAUGAGCGUGAAAGUCUCUUCGUCACAGAAUGCAUGUUCCGGUCUCCCAAAUGUUCCUAACUCACAGGUGUCAGAAAACACCAAAAAAGCUGAAUACCAAAAAGGAGACGUGGUACGUUUCACUUGUGAUACUGGUUAUAUCUCCGGUCCGACCAUCACUUAUAUGUGUAGCCCUCAAUCCGGAGGCUGGGUUGCAGUCCGAGGAGGAAGCUGCUACUUAAAGCCAUGUGAACUUCCUGAUGACACUGACAAUGGCUAUUAUCAAAUAAUCAAAGGUGAAGACUUUGUAUUUGGUACCACAAUCCAAUACUUUUGUAAUGAAGGGUAUCAAAUGGUGAGUAGGGAGGACACCCGGACUUGUUUGCUGGACAGAUGGACCAAUCAUGUGCCGAUAUGUGAACGUAUGAGCUGCGCGCCUCCGGCCUUGGUCGAAGGGGUUAGAGUUCAAGGUUUACCAGAGAAUGACGACCCCAUAAUUCCUGGCCGCUUCCUCACGUUCAGCUGUGAAAAUCCCGGGCAGGAUCUGAACGGCAGUUCCAGGCUGGCAUGUGGUGAAGAUGGACAGUGGAAUAAGCCAUUCCCUUCUUGCGAAGACACCACCUGUGAAGUUGGUCCGCUGCAGCCUCGUGUCGGCGUGACCGGACUACCAGCAGAAAAUGAAAAAAUUAAGAUUGGGCACAAAUUACAGUUUCACUGUGACAAUCACUUCAUAAUACAGGGUUCUCAAGAAAUUGAAUGUCUACCAACUGGGAAGUGGAGUGACGCCUUUCCAACUUGCACCGCUAAUCAGGAUUGUGGCGAGCCACCUUUUCUCACCAAUGGAGACACUACAGAAACUUCUCGGACCCACUACAAACGUAAUGAAAGGGUUCAUUAUACCUGUAAGGCUUAUCAUAUCAUGGAGGGUGGGCCCUACAGAACCUGCAUCAAUGGCAAAUGGAGUGGAGAGAUGAAAUGUCUCAAACCCUGCACUGUUGAUAAAGAAGCCAUGCGCUCGCAUAAUAUCAGAUUCCGAUAUACAUGGGAUGAUAAGCUGUAUUCAGUCCAUCUUCAAUGGAUCGAGUUCACCUGUACCGGUGGAAGAAAUCAUGUUGGCACAAUUGAAAUGCGUCAGAGGUGUGUUGAUGGGGUGAUGCUGCUGCCCACUUGCCAGUGAAGGUUUCAGUUAAUCAGAAGAGAUACAAACGUGAGCUGGAUAGACAACCAGAGUAAAGAGAGGAACCAGAGAUGUUCCUUUCUGCUGUCUAUACUUCUGUGUAUUGUACAACAUGUAACUAAUGGAAUAUGGAUAGAUGGCACAGGAAUGAAUGUUUCCACUACUUUGUUAUUUAGUGGUGAUUUGUCUUGAUUUGUUAGCAUGUGUGCUCUGACAUAAGCGACAUUAAUAUUCUAAAUCCCAACAGUUUGGUGAAACUAUAUUUUUUUGUAUAUUUUCACCUGUUUUAAGUCAGACUGCUCCAUAUUAAACCUAUCCAACUGAAA